AUGACAAUACCAAAUUUUCAACAACUCGAAUUAAAAACAGUUACAGAUCGAGUUCUUGGACUUGUGGAUAUUCUGUGGAAGCUGGUCCCACAGGAUGGUACAUGGUUAGUUACAUGGCAACCUGUAACACGUCCGCCGUCUUCCGGACCAGUGACUGGUUAUGCAGUUUAUGCUGAUGGCAAAAAAGUUACCGAUGUAGAUUCACCUACUGGAGACCAUGCUCUGAUAGAUAUCGGUAAAUUGAUGGGUCUGAAUCCGAGAGCUGUUACUGUUAGAACCAAAUCUCGCGAUAGCCAAUCUGCUGAUAGCACACCUACGCCUAUACCAGGUGUAGUACGAGCAAGUGCAGCAAACAGAGCACAAAGGGCGCCACAUUCUGGAAUGCCUCCUCAUAUGCGCCAACAUCAGCAGCAACAGCAACAGCGUACUGGUAUGCAGCAACAUCAACAGCAGCAAGUUAUUGAACAUGACGAGAACCUCAGCGAUAAAGAAAUUUUUCCGAUGCAUCAGGAUCCUAGAAGAAGAGGUGGCCAAACACAACAGCAGUCUGGACAAUACCAAAAUCCGCCUCCAAGAAAUCACACGGAACGUGGAAGGCCUCCUAAUCCCACAUCAGGUAAUCAGCCAGGCAAUACUGCGCAAACUGGUUAUUAUGGACAAACUGCUGUUGGACGCCAAGCAACUAACACCAGGCCACAACAAGGAAGAGGAAUGCAACAAGGAGCUGCCAAUAAACGCCCGAGAUGGUUUGUUGCAUUAUUCGAUUACGAUCCAACAACGAUGAGUCCCAAUCCUGAUGCAUGUGAUGAGGAACUGCCAUUUAGUGAAGGUGAAACUAUAAAGGUUUGGGGCGACAAAGAUGCUGACGGAUUCUAUUGGGGCGAAGCUAGAGGUCGAGCCGGUUUCGUUCCGCACAAUAUGGUAGCAGAAGUGGAAGAAGGUUCAAUGGCAGCUUUGGGAGCUGCUGGUGUUGGACCUGCCCAGGUUGGCACGGGGACUAAUGUCCGAGGUGUACCACGUGAUCGUUGGGGAGAUAUAUAUGCAAACGUGCCUGUCAAACGCAUGGUUGCUAUGUAUGACUACGAUCCUCAAGAGCUGAGUCCAAACGUAGAUGCCGAUGUGGAGUUAAGUUUCCAAACUGGUGCCGUUAUCUUGGUGUAUGGUGAUAUGGAUGAAGAUGGUUUUUACAUGGGGGAAUUAGAUGGACACCGUGGUCUGGUGCCAUCUAACUUUUUAACAGAAGCAGCAGAUCAGUAUGGCACCCAACUUGGUCAACAACAACAACAAGGAAAUCCGGGCGGUUCUCAAUUAAACCGUGGUACGGGAUCAACACGGCAAACGCGCGGUCUGGGGCCCGGAGCCCGCGGACCGCCGCCUCCGCCGCGGGACAACAUGAAUGCCCCACGAACGCCCGGAGCUACACGUAAAGAUGCCUGCCCCACCACUCCUCCCGUAACACAGUUAGAGAACAACUCUAGUUCAACCGCCGGCUCUGACUUCCAACAGAGACAGAGAGGCGGUCUCAUGCAGAGAGGUGGUAAUACCACGCAGCAGACUAACCAGCAGCAACAGCCUGCGCAGCAAUCGACGUCGAUAUUCAGCGCUGCUUCCAACUUAUUUGGAGGCGGAUCUUCUAGCAACCAGCAGCAAAACCAACAAACCAUGCAACAGCAACAAAAUCAACAAUCGAAUACCCAACAGUCAACAAUGGGAGGAUUAUUUGGAUCCAGUAGUACCGGUGGCAUGUUCGGUAGUAGUCAACAGACGAAUCAACAGAGGCACAAAGGACCACCCGUUAUACCUACGGGUAUGGGGGCUGGUCCUAUGGGAGGUCAACAAAUGGGUCAAAGUACUCAACAAGGUUUCGGUAUGGGUGCAAAUCAUCAGCAACAGCAACAAAUGGGCGGUGCGAACCAGCAACCAGGAGGUCCAAAUCUAAUGCAAAAGUUUACAGAAAUUACAGCACCUGGCGGUGAUAUAUUAUCAAAGGGCAAAGAGUUGAUUUUUAUGAAAUUCGGUCUCGGAGGUAAAUAA